AUGAGGAAGAGUUCGGUACUAAUUGGCGUCCUUUCCAGCACCACUAUCCAAGCACAGAACGGAGAAUUUCAUGGACUAGCAGCGAGGCUAACCGACACGACUGAUGCAGAUUUCUACACCUUUAUGAGCUGUGCACAACCGGAAGGAGCUCGAUGUGUUGGACAGUGCGUUGAAGUGUGGUGUGAGAAUUGUUUGCUCGGUUCUCGGCCAAUUCUUCGAGUUGCUGAUCGGUGCGCUGCAUGCGAAAGUGGAGAUUUGUUUCUAUCUCGUGAUAUCUUCCAGCAACUCUUAGGUACAAACACGUCCAUGUCAUUUUCAGUCCAGUGGAGGUGUGUGGAUUGCGGGAUGAUUGUCGGUAAUAAGCAAGUUGCUGGCGAAAGAAUACAUCCUGACUCCGAAGGCCGGGUGCAUGCGACGCAAGCCUUAGACAGCACGAACGAUCUUGUUGCUCAUCAAUCGAUCAAAGAUGGAGCUCUCGCUUGUUCCUUGGCUGGUCAAAAAAUUGCUAGAAGUUCAGACACAAAAGUUAAAAUACCACCCGUGGAUACUAGCGAGAAGAGCAACGGCGAAGGCAUGAGUGACACCAGCAGCGGCGGUGACUUUUCGUCUGGUUCUGAAUCAAUGGCAGGAGAUGUGAAGUGGGAGGAUGUCCAAAGAGAGAAAGUAACAGUUUUACCGAUGCCAACCCCACCAUCAUCAUCAUUAUCUAACAGCACAAAUGGUGCUUCGACCCCACCAGUUCCGUCAACAAAAGCUUCUUCUAGCAGCUCAUCAAUUUUUGAUGGUACAUCUUCAAGCGAUGGUGCUGGAUCUUCGCUCUCUUCUUCGGUAAACCCCAGCUACUCGGUGGAAAAGAUCCCUUUCGACAAUUCGCAGGAUGCACUUGCUUCAUCUAGUUUAUCAGGCACCGAUAACCAGCCUCCCAUAUCUACCCCGACAUUGUCUCCUUAUCAAAUGUCAGACGACAGUGUCGAUAACAGCUUGUCGGCCACUUCAAGCGUAACGAAAAGCCCGUUCUUCUACGCAUCGAUCAUGCUCGGAAUCGUGGGCUUGAUAGGUGCCACUGUCGGGUAUCGAGCAAAGCAGAAGCGGAGCUACCGCAACGAACGGAGAGCGUUUCGGAUGUUUGCUCAAACGGGCAUUAACGUUAGUAACCCUCUUCUGGCCUCAUCUGUAAUGGCGGCCCAAACUUCUCGGACUCGACCUGAUAGCCACACCAUUGCGAUUUUAUAA